AGAGAGAAAACCAAUCGGACAGUGUCGCCCGGUCACCGUGCGUAUAAUGGAGACUCGUUUGUUUAUGACCGUGUGGUGAAAUAUUUGCCGACCUAUGUAGCCGUUAAUUCUAUUGGCGAUCUAUUCUUUUUUUCAAUGGAUGAUUGUGUCAGGGUUCUUAGUUCGUUCUGUCAAUAACGCAUCGGUAAUAACUCAUGCCAUGUCCCAUUACCCGAUAGCCACUCUGGUCUAGAGGUAGCUUUCAUACUGCUUCAUAGCUAUACUUCCUUAAUACUGCUAUAUGAGUGAUGGCAAUGCCAGUAGUAGAAUCUGACAGUAGCAGUGGUGUAGCACAUCUACGGAACAGUAGCAGUAACAGCACCAGCGUUCGCGAGAAAACCUCCAGGGCACCGGAGCGCAAUGGUUAUGUGAAAACAAGUUUCAUCCAGCCACUGCCCGACAGUCGAGAUCGAGAUGGUGAUUACUCAUAUGGGUCGUGCAUGGUGAGGCUCGUAUUCAAGAUAUGGAGUUCCCAAAGACUCCGGCGUGUAGUAUGUGUGGGCUCACUGUCUGUUUUUCUCGCUCUGGUGGUUAAAUUAGCCGACUGGAGGACUGAGCUCAGUAGCAGUGGUAACACUAACAGCGGGCUGCACUCCAGCUCUCCUGUUCAUUUCGUGUCAGGCUACGCAGGGGAGUUGUUGCUAACUCUCUGGCAUCUGAUCUCGCCUGUAUUUACCCUCGUAUGUGCCUUCUUUUGGGUGGGUUUGUAUUUGAUCCGCUGCGGAGUGCUUAUCCAAACCGCCCUUUUCCUCCUCACUCUUUGCCACCUGGGAGAGACAGCGGCGUGGGCUCUCGUGCACGGCGGGACUUGGACGGAUGAACAACAGCCGUUUUCCUUCAGCACGUCAGCGGCCGCGGUCGUGCUCGCCUGCCUGGCAACCGGCACACUCAUGGUAGCGCGGCUCAAGCACGGCAUCUCGGUCAUAGUGUUCGUAAGCGUCGUUCGGACUAUCUCGCUCAUCUCGCUGCACAAAGUCCGGGCCACUUGGAGACCUUACGUGGCGUACCUGGUGGGAGUGUUGGGUAUCCUACUGGCGAGGUAUGCUGAUAGUCUACUUCCGAACCAAGGGAUACCCCGGGAGGGCUGUACCCCCUCUGUGACUGGGGCGAGGGAAGGGGACGAGACCCCUGUGUUUAAAAGGCGAAGGAGGUCCAGUUCUGUGAUCUCCACAGACAUGGCACACAGUCAGUCCAACAGCAAGUCACACAGGAGGACCUCGCUGCCAUGCAUUCAGAGGGACCAGAUGCCAGAAUGGGACAACAAGAGAAGCUCAAGAGGAUCUCAGUCUUUGGGCACCAGUGUGGUGGUGGAUAUAGCUGUGAUGGGUGAGGCCCACGGUCUGAUCUCAGACCUGCUGGCGGACCCCUCGCUGCCCCCCAACACCUUCACCUCCCUCCGUGCCGUCAGCAGCCUGCUCACCACUCAGCUCAACUUCCAGCCCCUGCACCGUCCGCGCCUCGCUCCCCUGGGCGUCAACCUGGGAGACGCCUACAUCUGCUCCGACUCAGAGGAGGGAUCUGAGAAGAUAGGGGAGAGGACCAAUACCCUACCAAAGCGUCUGCGGCGUAGCCUGCACCCGGUGCUAUUGAGGAGGACCUCCUCUACAUGGACCACCACCACCUCAGCUACGGGCCUGCCCACCAUCGAACCCGGACCAGUACGCCGGGCCAGCAUCAGCAUCAAACCCUUCCACGAACCGCUCGUCUGCAGCUGUGGGAGACCGUACAUAAAGCUGAGCCAUGGGGAGGGAUCCAUGGACAAAGGGGACAGGGUACACCGGACAGAGGAUCAGGUGGUGGCAUCGUCAGACUACGACAGUACCCACGAGGCCAACCACAGCGACAGCAGCGACGUAGCGCCGACAGAGGAGGGGGACGCAGAAGGGGGCAUAAACACCCCCCAAAACCUCAUCAUGCUACCUGCAGAGGAAAAGCCCCAGCUGGCCCCGGAGCCAUUAGUGAUGGAGGACUUGGAGCCCCUAAUGAGCCAUCUCAACCAAUGGAACUUCCCCAUCUUCAGCUUGAUGGAGAAGACCCAGGGCAAAUGUGGCCGCAUCCUCAGCCAGGUCUCUCACAGGCUUUUUGAAGACACAGGCCUAUUUGAGACCUUCAAGAUCCCGGUUCACGAAUUCAUGAACUACUUCCAUGCGUUAGAGAAUGGCUACAGAGACAUACCAUAUCACAACAGAAUCCACGCUACAGACGUUCUCCAUGCUGUCUGGUACCUCACUACCCAGGCCGUACCAGGUCUGCCCAGCUUCAUCACUGACCAUUUCUCUGCCAGCGACUCAGACUCUGACAGUGGCAUCACACACAGUCACAUGGGCUACCUGGUGUCGAAGACCUACAGCGUGUCGGAGGAUGGGUAUGGUUGCCUGUCGGGGCUCAUCCCAGCCCUGGAGCUCAUGGCUCUCUAUGUAGCAGCGGCCAUGCAUGACUACGACCACCCUGGCAGGACUAACGCCUUCCUGGUGGCCACAAGUGCACCACAGGCAGUGUUGUAUAACGACAGGUCGGUGCUCGAGAACCACCACGCCGCCUCUGCCUGGAAUCUGUUCAUGUCCCGUCCGGAGUACAACUUCCUCGUCAACCUGGACCACGUGGAGUUCAAACGCUUUCGCUUCCUGGUCAUAGAGGCCAUUCUUGCCACUGACCUCAAGAAACACUUUGACUUCCUGGCAGAGUUCAAUGCCAAGGUAGGUGAUGACGUGACGAGGGGUAUUGAUUGGUCCAAUGAGAAUGACAGACUGCUGGUGUGUCAGAUGUGCAUCAAGCUAGCUGACAUCAACGGCCCACUGAAACACAAGGACCUGCACCUACAGUGGACCAAGGGCAUCGUCGAUGAGUUCUAUGAACAGGGUGACGAGGAGUCCAGACAAGGCCUUCCCAUCAGCCCCUUCAUGGACCGCUCUGCUCCUCAGCUGGCUAAACUCCAGGAGUCCUUCAUCACCCACAUCGUAGGACCGCUCUGUAACUCAUACGACUCCGCAGCACUCAUGCCCGGACGUUGGGUGGAGCCUAACCCCGAGGAGGAGGAGCACGAGGAAGAUGAAGAGGAGGAUACGACAGAGGAUGAAGAUGGGUCUACUAGCUCAGAGGCAUCGCAGAAAGGCAAAGCAGCUCCCAAGAAGAGGAGGAAAGUGUUCUGUCAGAUCACCCAGCACCUGAUGGACAACCACGAGAUGUGGAAGAAGGUGAUCGCAGAGGAAACCCCCAAGCAAAACAAUGUAGCUGAGCCAAUCCUAUCCAUCCACGAGGAGGAGGAGGAGCCAGGGAGCAGGGAGGAUGUAGUGGAGGGGGAGGAGCCAGAAGAGGAAGGGGAGGUGCCAGAGGAGGAAAUAGACGAGGAGUGGCCAGCGCCCCCGCAGGACGAGUCUGAACCUGCAGAAGAGGCUGGGCCAGAGUGAGGGCCCCAAAGGCUCGUGGCGAGUGCUAUUCGGGAUCCUUGGGAUAUUGCUAAACCCUAACCCCUACCCUAACUUAACCAUAACCCUUACCUAACCUUAACCCCUUACCUAAACCGUUUUAAAUGUAAACUUAAAUGGGGUAGGGAUGUCCCAAGGAUCCCAGAUAGCAAGGACCAAAGGUUCUUGGGAAUGAAAUAAAGCAGCCGUUAUCCCGAGGCAGAACAUGAAAUUACUUUUCCUAUCCUAUUGACAAACAGGCUGACUGAUUUUUUUUUGUUGCCAGCACAUUCACUUAGACACAACACUGUAGAAGUUUGGGACAUUGUGCCUAAUGAAAAUGUAACACAGGGUGGGAGAUAUUUACUUGUGUUUUACACAUUUUAUAUAUAAAAACACAGAAUACAAGUCAGGUUCAGAAACAUCGGUCAAUCAUCCUCUUGAGUAACUUUCCAUUAUUACAAUAACCUACAGGAUCAUCUACUGGAUGUAACAAACUGGUGUAAUAGUUCACGAAAUACACAGACUCUUUUUGCUACCGUCAAGAGUGGAUUGAGACUUGGUCGUGAAGACCUCAAACCCAUUGUGUAAACAACGGACUGCAGAGACUGCCGCCAAUUUAUAUAUAAGAAAUAUUUUCUAAAAUGCAAUUAUACUUAAACAUCACAUGCACCUGUACUCAUGUGUUUUGUUUAGGGGGGGAGGGGAUUUUAAGUAUUUUCUCUGGGUCUGAUAAAUCUCAGUAAUAUGGUUCUAUUUUUACUAUGUGGAUUGAGAAGGGAAAAAUUAGACUGAACAGCUUCAUACAAAUCUACAUUUUCCCUCUUUAUUAAUGUUCUUUAAUUGAUUCCACAUUGCAUCUCACACCUAUAAUCUGUAAGCACACGACCGCAAGCCCUCUAGGUAGGUUUUGGUUUGACUGACAAACUGAAACAGUCGGUAUAGCUCACCCUUUUAAUAUAGGCCCCUCUAGGAUCUAUGACAUCGGCAGAACAAUCAGCCUUUUUGACCAAUGGCUUGGUUCAGAGGAAGUUGGAACUCACUACAGGGUCUUUGUUGACCAAUGGCUUGGUUCAGAGGAAGUUGGAACUCACUAAAGGGUCUUUGUUGACCAAUGGCUUGGUUCUGAGGAAGUUGGAACACACUACAGGGUCUUUGUUGACCAAUGGCUUGGUUCAGAUGAAGUUGGAACACACUACAGGGUCUUUGUUGACCAAUGGCUUGGUUCAGAGGACGUUGGAACACACUACAGGGUCUUUGUUGACCAAUGGCUUGGUUCAGAGGAAGUUGGAACACACUACAGGGUCUUUGUUGACCAAUGGCUUGGUUCAGAGGAAGUUGGAACACACUACAGGGUCUUUGUUGACCAAUGGCUUGGUUCAGAGGACGUUGGAACACACUACAGGGUCUUUGUUGACCAAUGGCUUGGUUCAGAGGAAGUUGGAACACACUAAAAGGAGAGGAGGAGAGGAGUCAGAAAAAGUCUAGUACUUUAGGUCUUAUGAGUGUUUCUCUAGUACAGUUAAUUGUAAACAGGCCUAGUGUGUAAGAAAAUAAGGUCCUAUGACUAUAAGGCAUAGUUCCUCAACCUAACUCAAAGACAGGAUUCUUCCUUUACUACCAGACAAACUGACCACAUAGAUCACCAGGAGACAAUAUACUGUUACCACUUAUUGACUAUUGAUUCUCGUUUCAGUAACCCCUCCCCUUUCCAAUAGACACAAAAAGUUCAUUUUUGUUUGCCUUCAUUUAACCAGGUUAAGUCAUUGAGAACACAUUCUCUUUUACAAUAAUGACCGAACAAGUACAUGGUAACACAGGAUCUCUCUCACACACACACACACACACACACACACACACACACACACACACACACACACACACACACACACACACACACACACACACACACACACACACACACACACACACACACACACACACACACACACACACACACACACACACACACACACACACACACACAGUAUACGAUCUCUAAGCCAUACAAGGAGGAACCAUUUACUGUGAGGUGAUUUUAAGGGAGCGGGCAGAGUAGCCCAUAAUGGCCCUAACUUUGACAGUCUCAAUCCUAAAUGGCACCCUAUUCCCUAUAUAGUGCACUACUUUAGACCAGAGCCCUAUAGAACCCUAUUCCCUAUAUAGUGCACUACUUUAGACCAGAGCCCUAUAGAACCCUAUUCCCUAUAUAGUGCACUACUUUAGACC